UUGACUGCGGACGAUUCCGGCCGGUUCAGAAUUCCUAAUUAUAAACCCCCCAGUCGCUGUCUUUGUCUCUCUCUCUCUCUCUCUCUCUCUCUCUCGGUCGUUGUAACACCGGACUCGAGGAAAGGGGAAGGCGACAGCGAAGAUGGAGGCGAAUGAAGAGGGCGAGAUGGUGGUGAAGCCGCUGAUGCAGCGGGAGCGCGGGAGCUCUUCGCCCUCGUCCUUGUGGAUGGUGGUUGCCAGCACAGCCAUCGCCGUCUUCGGCUCUUUCGAGUUCGGCAUAUCGGUGGGAUAUUCUUCACCAUCACAGUCAGGAAUUAUGCAUGAUCUUAACCUUUCGUUGCCCCAGUACUCUCUAUUUGGUUCAAUCCUUACAAUUGGAGCAAUGAUUGGUGCUAUACUGAGUGGCAGAAUUGCAGAUUUAAUUGGCAGAAGAUGUGCAAUGGCAGUUUCAGAUAUUCUUUGCAUCAUUGGUUGGGUUUCUAUUUUCUUAACAAAGGAUAUCAUGUGGCUUGAUCUUGGACGACUUUCAGUUGGAUGUGGUAUUGGUCUUCUUUCCUAUGUGGUUCCAGUUUACAUUGCUGAAAUAACACCAAAGAAUUUAAGAGGAGGAUUUGCAGCUGUGAAUCAGCUAAUGAUAUGUUGUGGAGGAUCACUUGCUUACUUGCUUGGAACAGUCCUGACCUGGCGUAUACUUGCAAUUAUAGGUACUUUUCCGUGUUUUCUACAACUUCUCGGUCUCAUCUUCAUUCCGGAGUCUCCAAGAUGGCUGGCUAUGGUAGGUAAAGAUCAUGAAUUUGAAGCAGGAUUAAAAAGACUAAGGGGGGAGCACUCUGAUGUUUCUCAAGAAGCAGAGGAGAUAAUGGAGUUCACAGUAAGCCUUCAAAAACUUCCUCAAUCUGGUAUGCUGGACUUGUUUCAGAAGAAAUACCUUCACGCAGUCAUCGUUGGAGUCGGACUUAUGGUGCUUCAGCAAUUUGGAGGAGUCAAUGCAAUCUGUUUUUAUGCAAGUGAGAUAUUUGUCUCAGCAGGUUUUUCAUCUGGUGAUACUGGAAUGAUUGCAAUGGCCGCAGUUCAGAUUCCAAUGACCACCUUAGGGGUACUUUUGAUGGAUAGAUCUGGAAGAAGACCACUUCUAAUGAUUUCUGCAGCAGGAACAUGCAUAGGUUGUUUCCUUGUUGGUAUAUCAUUCAUGUUGAAGGGACAUGAAUUCUCAAAGGAAUUGAACAGCGUGCUUGCUCUGGCUGGCAUACUGACAUACACGGGAUCAUUCUCGCUGGGUAUGGGCGGAAUACCAUGGGUCAUCAUGUCAGAGAUAUUUCCUUUGAACAUGAAAGGAACAGCAGGAAGCCUUGUGACCUUGGUUAGCUGGGUGGGUUCCUGGAUUAUCUCAUACACUUUCAACUUUCUUAUGAUGUGGAGCUCAGCUGGGACCUUCUUCAUCUUUGCAAGCAUUUGCGGUCUUACUGUUCUAUUCGUGGAGCGGCUUGUACCAGAAACCAAAGGACGAACUCUAGAAGAGAUACAGGCUUCGAUGAGUUUGAUUUUACAGUGACCAUACAAAUUGUCAAGUUGGGACAACUAAAUCAUCCAAUAAAAAGAAAAACAAUAGCUUUCUUCCAUGAUAAAAGCUUCUCUUUUCAAAAAUGUUUUGAAUACUAUACUCUGGUACCAUAUUUAUCAUGAUUCAAACCCAAAACCAUAUGACUUUGGGAGUAUGAAAUGAGUCAUAUACCGUCACAAGAGUUGGCUCACAUUCAAUGUGAGACUAUCAUUGGGUCU